UGCGCGUCGGAAGGGAAAAUGACUAUAUAGGGUUUGUGUUUUCAACGCCCGGGACAGUCUGCAUGCCACUGAGUCUCAGACUGAUAUUGUUGGAGUGAUCGCACGCGAUGAAUAGCAGCUUCACUGAAAGUGAGUUGGGAGAGAUCAAGGAGCUGUUUGAUCAAUUUGAUGCAGACGGAAAUGGUCACAUAACAGUUGGUGAGAUAAGCAAUGUGAUGAAAGCACUUGGUGAAAAUGUUCCGGGUUACAAGAUCAGGGACAUGAUUAAGGAGGUGGAUCUGGAUAGAAAUGAAACUGUAGAGUUUGGAGAGUUUGUGACAAUGUUGGCCAAAGUGAAGAGUGGCAAGGUUUCCUCCAACUAGCUGAUACAGCUGAUAAAGCCAAGACUCUAGUGACUGUUGGUGGUCUGUCUGAGCCUCUGCAGAAGAAGAAGUGACUGAGCUAUCCUGUGUCAAGUAUACAAGGAACAACUCAUUCAUUCUCAGAGGAGGAGAAGCUAGCCUUCUGCGACUGGAUCAAUUACCAGCUCGAAGAUGACGCAGACCUUCGAAACUGUCUUCCAAUUUCAGAAGAUGGCAAUGCACUUUUUGAAGCUCUUUAUGAUGGCUUAAUUCUCUGCAAACUCAUCAAUGCAUCUGUGUCUGGUACUGUGGAUGAACGAGCUAUCAACAAAGGGAAACUGAACACUUUCACAAUUCAUGAAAAUCAGACCCUGGCACUUAACUCUGCAUCAUCAAUUGGGUGUAACAUCAUCAACAUUGGUCCCCAGGACAUAAUGGAAGGUAGACCUCAUCUCAUCCUGGGACUCUUGUGGCAAGUUAUAAAGAUUGGCCUGUUCGCGAAGAUCUCCCUCCAGAACUGUCCAAACUUGGCAGUGCUACUGCAGGAAGGGGAAACCUUGGAAGAUCUCAUGGCCCUUUCACCCGAGGAAAUUUUGUUGCGAUGGUUCAACUACCAUUUGGAGCAAGCUGGUCACCCCCGUCGUGUCAACAACUUCAGCUCUGAUAUAAUGGACUCUGAGUGCUACACCAUUUUGUUGGACCAGAUUGCUCCUGACGAAGCUGGAGUUGACUGUUCACCACUCUCUGAAGGGAACUUGGAAAGAAGGGCAGACAAAAUGUUGGGGCAAGCACACAAGAUUGGCUGUCGAAAGUUUGUUCGUCCAAAGGAUGUAGUAAAGGGAAAUGCUCGUCUUAAUCUUGCUUUUGUGGCUAAUCUUUUCAAUACCCAUCCUGCCCUGAAGCCUCCUGAGGAGGGUUUGCCUGACUUUGACCUUGGAGAGUAUGGAGAAACUCGUGAAGAAAAGACUUUCCGUAAUUGGAUGAACUCACUUGGAGUUUCCCCAUUCGUCAAUAACCUCUACUCUGACCUAAAAGAUGGGCUUGUGCUACUUCAGCUUUUUGACAAGGUGAAACCUGGUAUUGUGAACUGGUCAAAGGUGAAUCAGAAAGAGACAUUUAAAAAGAUUGGUGGAAACAUGAAGAAACUUGAAAACUGUAACUAUGCUGUAGAGAUCGCACAUCAAAUGGGUUUCUCGCUUGUUGGAAUUGAUGGCAAAGAUAUUGCUGAUGGAAACAAAACACUAACAUUAGCUGUCGUGUGGCAGAUGAUGCGUGCCUACACACUUUCAAUGCUGCAGCGACUUGCAGGAUCAGAUAAACCCAUCAGUGACCCUGAGAUUGUGGACUGGACAAACACUACUCUACGUGACUCUGGGAAAACAACGUCUAUUACUGGUUUCAGGGACCCAGCAAUUUCAAACUCUAUGCCUGUGAUUGAUCUUGUGGAUGCCAUCAAGCCAGGCUCAAUCAAGUAUGAACUUGUCAACUGCGGGACCUCUCUUUCAGAUGAGGAGCUGAUUCAAAACGCAAAAUAUGCAAUAUCAAUGUGUCGGAAGAUUGGAGCCCGUGUCUACGCCCUGCCUGACGACCUGGUAGAAAUAAAGCCCAAGAUGUGUCUCACUGUCUUUGCUUGCCUUAUGAUUAGGGCCAAGACCGGAAAGAAGUAGUUUUCUACAACCAUAUAAGUCAAUAACCUUUCAUUGUUGUAGAGUUGUACAAUGUUUGCUACUGUUAUGAUUUUUAUUUUAUUACACCUAACAUAACAAUAACCAU